AUGAUACUCUCUCCUGACGACUUCGCCGACGACAUUCAAAUGAACAUUUCGAACGUGAGCAAAUCCAAGCUUCUUCUCCCUCUGAUACCCAAACUAAACCGCGCCUUGUACUCUCACUCUCAUCGUCGAACUCGUUCCCUUCCUCAUCACAAAGACAAACCCAUCAACCAUAACCCCACACACGGUCUCGUUCCCCACAACCGUUUUCUCUCAUUACUCCAAAAAUGCGAAUCCUUGCCCCACUUGAAGCAGAUUCAAGCUCAGAUGACAAUCACCGCCUUGAUUCUGGACCCGUUCGAGUCAAGCCAACUAAUCAACUUCUGCACCUUAUCCAAAUCUCGCAACCUCGAUUACUGCGUGAAGCUUCUGAGAGGAGUCGACAACCCUAACGCAUUCUCAUGGAACGUAACGAUCAAAGGAUUCUCCGGGAGCCCGAACCCUAAAGACGCGAUUUUGAUGUACAAGGAGAUGCUUAGAGACGGUGGCGAGUCACGACCCGAUCAUUUCACGUACCCUGUUUUGUUCAAGGUUUGCGCUGACCUCGAGUUAAGUAGAUUAGGUCUUAUGAUUCUUGGGCAUGUUUUCAAGUUGGGAUUGGAGUUGGUCUCUCAUGUGCAUAACGCUUCAAUUCAUAUGUUUGCUUGUUUCGGUGAGAUGGAGAAUGCGCGGAAGGCGUUCGAUGAAAGUCCCGUGAGAGAUUUGGUUUCUUGGAACUCGUUGAUUAAUGGGUAUAAGAAGAUGGGUCAGGCUGAGAAGGCGAUAGAGGUUUAUAAGAUGAUGGAGUCUGAAGGAAUUGACGCUGAUUAUGUGACGAUGAUCGCGUUAGUUUCAUCGUGUGCUAUGCUGGGAAGUUUGAAGCUUGGGAGAGAGUUUUAUGGAUACAUAAUAGAUAAUGGAGUUAGAAUGACUGUUCCUCUUGCUAAUACUCUUAUUGAUAUGUUCUCAAAAUGCGGAGAUGUUCACGAGGCAAGGAUGAUAUUUGAUAGAAUGGAGAAGAGAACGAUUGUGUCCUGGACUACGAUGAUUUCAGGGUAUGCUAGAAGUGGUUUGCUUGAUGUUGCUAGGAAGCUUUUCGAUAAGAUGGACGAGAAAGAUGUUGUGUUGUGGAAUGCUAUGAUCGGUGGAUCAGUCCAUGCCAAGCGUGCUCAAGAUGCUUUGGCCUUGUUCCAAGAGAUGCAGACUAGCAGCACAAAGCCUGAUGAAAUCACCAUGAUUCAUUGUCUCUCUGCGUGUUCUCAGCUUGGUGCUCUUGAUGUAGGGGUUUGGAUCCAUCGAUACAUCGAGAAACAUAAUCUCAGUCUCAAUGUUGCGCUAGGGACUUCGUUGAUCGACAUGUAUGCCAAAUGUGGUAACAUCUCAGAAGCUCGCAGUGUUUUCCAUGGGAUGAAAACAAGAAACUCACUUACGUACACAUCUAUUAUCGGUGGCUUGGCUCUUCACGGAGAUGCAUCCACUGCUAUAUCAUACUUUAAUGAAAUGAUUUAUGCAGGGAUAGCCCCAGAUGAGAUAACUUUCAUAGGUUUAUUAUCAGCUUGUUGCCACGCAGGAAUGAUCCAAGCCGGCCGGGAUUAUUUCUCUCAGAUGAAGUCCAGGUUCAACUUAAAUCCUCAAUUGAAACACUACUCUGUUAUGGUAGACCUUCUAGGAAAAGCUGGGCUACUAGAAGAAGCAGAGAAGCUCAUGGAAACUAUGCCAAUGGAGGCAGAUGCUGCGGUUUGGGGAGCUUUAUUUUUUGGUUGCAAGAUGCAUCGUGAUGUUGUAAUGGGAGAGAAAGCGGCUAAGAAGCUUUUAGAACUUGAUCCUGGUGAUAGUGGAAUCUAUGUGUUGUUGGAUAAAAUGUAUGGGGAGGCUAAUAUGUGGGAAGAUGCAAAGAAAGCGAGGAGGAUGAUGAAUGAGAGAGGCGUAGAGAAGAAGACUCCAGGUUACAGUUCUAUUAAGGUUAAUGGAGUUUACUUUGAGUUCAUCGUUAGUGAUAAAUCGAGACCAGAGUCUGAGAAGAUAUAUGAUUGUUUAAAUUGUCUUGGAAGACAUAUGGGGAGCUCGGUGAGUGUACGCUCGGAAGUUCCGGAAAUGAGAUUGCUUUGAAUGUAACAGCUAACAUCUUCUGUUGUGUCUUCAUGUGUGAUCAAAUGUGUGCUAAAUACAUAAUACACAUGUGGGUUUAUUCAUUGUUCCAAGAAAAAGAGGCGACGUGAAGUCUGUUUGAAGGAGAGACUUCUAAUAGAGUUUUUUUUUGGGAGGCCCUUUCAUUGGGAGGAUUGAA